GCCAAAACCCAGGGAGUUAAAUCAACAUGAUCAGUUAAUACUAUCAUUCUUUCGUUUUAGCCAGAAUUUCAUUAGUUUUUAAUAAUUAUUAAGUAUUGAGGAUUACAAAUAAUAAAUAUGACUGAAAGCUUCAGAGAGGAGUUUAGGGUUGCAAAGUUCGGACUGCAGUACCCAUUUAGGAAACCGUUUGAUUCGGCACAGUGGAGAUGGCCACCCGUGAUCUUUACCAUCUACCGUAUUGUCUUGCCUCUCUACGUGGCCAGUUGGUACAUCACUCUCAUGGUUAUCACAAAGGGCAGAUCUGGCAUUCACUCCAGUUACGCAUACCUAACCAUAUGGAGUUAUACAAUACUCCUGAUCCACCUUAUAUGGGCAUUUGGAGUUAAUCUAGUCUCGAUUUGGAUAAAGAGACAUCGAAGCAACAGUAGUAUGUCUUUACACAUAGACACGAAAGAUGGCGCUGAUAACUACGCCUUCCAAUAUGACGCAACAGCAGAGACAUCUAGUGGUUGCCAAAAUACCGAAAGUGUGACAAAGAGUAACACAUGGUACAUGAAGGUAUCAUGGGUUCUGUUCUCUAACAGUUCAGUAGCAGCAAUAAUAGUCACUGCCAUAUAUUUUUCAGCACUGUACUCCCUAACAGGCCAAACCCACCUCGAUCCAUUUGACUUUAACUUACAUGGAGUUAACUCUAUAAUCAUGAUCCUAGAACACUGUAUAGCAGGCUAUCCGAUCAGGCUCCUGCAUUUGAUCUAUCCUCUUAUAUACGGUGCCAUCUAUAUUAUCUUCAGCGCCAUCUAUUGGUCGUUUGAUCACAAGAACAAUGUCCUAUACCCUGGUGUGCUGGACUGGAAUCACCCUGGUAGCACUAUGCUUGUACUAUGUAUCUUAGUUUUUCUAGUGGUUCCCAUAUUACAACUUAUUUUCUAUGGUAUACACAGACUGAAACUAUGGCUACAUUUAAAAAUUCACUCAAGGCCAUACUUUUGAGCAUCAACAUGAUCCACAUAUUGUCAAUAACAUAGUGAAUAAAUACUAGUGGAA